GCCAGGGUCUCUAUUCGCCGCUACGACAUCCGCAUGUCCCGUCCACCGUUCCAGCCUGCGCUUCUUUGGCCCGCAUUUCACGGCACGGUCCUCCUCGCGCUGACCCUCCGGCCAUCGCCCUUCCGCCGCCUCCUCUUCCUCCCCAUAUCCGCGCUCACAGUAUACGUCGCGCGCACGACCACAGGCACGUUCCUGGGCGACUACACGAUCGGAUGCGCGUGGUGGGGGUACUUCUGGCAGGCCUCGGACUACAUCCUCGUCGCUGAGCCGCAGCGCGAACUCGUCAAGCUGGAACAGAGGAAGCAGGACUCGCCCCCGCCCCCACCGAUCGAGACUCAGGGCGUUUUCGAGCGCCUCCGGUGGGCGCUCAGCCUGUGGCUCAGCCCCCGGGGCGUCGGGUGGUCGCACGAACCCACAUCGGUCCUCGCGCCCGCGCCCGCACUCGGCACCUCCCGCCUGCGCUUCCUCCUCGGCACCCAGCUCCCACGCAGCCUCGCGCUGCUGCUCAUCCACGACGCGGCGAACCUGUACACGCGUGCGAACGCGCUGUUCCGCGCGGCGGGUGGGCCGUGGGAGUCGCGCGGGUGGGGCGUACGCGCGGGGAUGGCGCUGACGUUCGGCGCGUCGGGGUGGACGGGCCUGGCGAUGGCGUGGAUGGCGAUCAGUGUGUUUGCGGUGGGCGUGGGGCUGUCGAGGCCCGAGGAGUGGCCGCCGCUGUUUGGGGGGCCUGGGGAGGCGUAUUCGGUGCGAAGGUUCUGGGGACGAGCGUGGCAUCAGCUCCUGCGUCGGCAAGUCUCCUCCCACGGCAAAUUCCUCUCCAAGCGCGUUUUGGGGCUCCAACCGGGCACCAAUGCGUCCUCUUACACGCAGCUGUACACGGCCUUCCUGAUCUCCGGCCUGCUGCACUACGCUGCCGAAGUGUACGCGCUGGAUUCCUGGCACGGCGGCGCGCUUCACUUCUUCCUCGCGCAGGCCGUUGCUAUCACUGUGGAGGACUUCGUCAAGUACCUCGGCCGUAGAGCUGGGCUCGACCCGCGGAGCCGGGCUGUGCGGUAUCUCGGGUAUUUAUGGGUCACGGCGUGGUUCACGUUGUCUGUACCGUGGUGGAUGAAUCCGCUGGCGCGGGCGGGGAUGUUCGAGCAGCCGGCUGAGCUCAUGCUGCGCCCGCGCAAACCCAGCAUCACUCGCAUCGUGGCCACCGCGUGGACGGCUCUUCACCCAUCGUGUGGUCCGCAAACGGACUUCAUAACUCACGCACCCACGUACCCGCCAGAUCGGUACGACCUGGAUCCAGGGAUGUCGACGAACGUACUCGGAGUCCUCGUCAUCGCGCGCGCUGGCGACCACCACACACACCCGGACGUGGAAGAACCCUCUGCCCGUCGCCACAGCGUGGUAGGCACUGUGCGUCCUCCGCUUCCUCCUCCUCCCCCACCACGAGAUGGCUCAGUCGAACAUUGGCAGUCAGACGCGCACCACCUCGGCGCAGACCUCCGCGCGCGGUACUUCUCGCCGUCCUCGCGCACCACCAUCAGGGGACUUGAGUCGCACCCGCUCGCGGCGCGGCACGAGCUCCAGGUCCUUGCGACCCAGGGGGGUAGUGGAUUCGAGAGCGCGAUGGCCUUGCUGCAGGGACUGUUCCCGCCGAGCAAGCUGAAUCGGGUGGAUUUGGCAAAUGGGACGGUCGUGAGGAGCCCGUUGGGUGGGUAUCAGUAUGUGUCUGUCGAAACGAUUGAGCCAGGGAACGAUGGGAGUCUGGAGCUGUGGAGGGAGUGUCCGAUACACGAGUUCAUGCAAGAUCAGCUGAAGUUCAACCAGACGUUCGCCUACCGGCUUCCUCCGACGUACAUGGCGCAAGCGCGUGCGCUGGCCGACUGGCACGAGAACGCUGUGUUCUCUGACACCCGCGCUGACGGCAUAGGAAACAUCGCGGGCCGGACGAUGAUGCCCACCAUUACCGACGCGCUGCAGCGCAUGGCCGCAGCGCGCGACCCGCUGAAGUUCGUGGCGAUCGAGACGACGUACCAACCCUUGAUAUCGCUCUUCCAUCAGAUGGAUAUGACCGCGGUGUACCCAGAACUCGCGGCCGUGCGUGCGUGCUCUUCUGGUGUUGCUGCAUCCUUGCGGCUGAACAAAAGACAAAACGUCGCAGCCAAUUUCGGAGCGAGUCUCGUGAUCGAGCUCCGUCGGGGUCCGCCGCCUGAGAGCCUCGACUUCGUGCGCUUCAGGUGGCGGAAUGGCACGGAGGACGAGGACGGGUGGAGGACGCUGCGUGCGUUUGGGCAUAAGCGGGAUGUCCCGUUGUAUGAGUUCAUCUACCGGGCGUCGAUCCCAGCCAUAAGCAAUCACAAGCGAUGGGCUCGCGCGUGCGGUGUUCGAGCCAACGCACGUAGUUCGGACCUCCAAGGCGAACUCGGCACGGCGGUCCAGGGGGUUUUCUGGCUCGACCUGCUCGGCGGUGUUCUGGCGCUCUUCCUUCUCCUACUGGGGUGCGGUCUCGUGUUUGCACGGAAGCGCUGCUCUGAGAGAAUGUGAGUUGUUGCGCCAAGUGGGGCGCUGGACUUCAAGUAGCCGAGGACGUGGAAAGUUCGCUGCUGUUGGAUUAUGCGGCUAGAGUAUCUGUUGGGGGUUGUAUAAGGAUCUGUCAUGCACCUAUUCAUCGGCAUUCUUACCCACCUGGAUCCCUUACGAGAAGUUCAUCCAGACUGAGACUCUCUACGAAGUAUAAAACACACACCGAAGACGACACCUCGAUUCCAAACCACCCUGAAAUAACUCACAAUGCAACUCACUCGCACCUUCUUCGCCCUCGCUCUUGCCCUCACGGUCCAGGUCAGCGCGGCCCCCAGCCUCGCUGUAUCGGCCAACGUCACUAGAGGCGGCUGGUGCGGCUUCCGCCCCGAAUGCAACUGCACUCCAGACGCCGCGACCGGCUGCGAGCUCCUGUUCGACGAGUGCGGGCAGAACUACCACUGGCCCUUUUCGUGCGACACUUGUGACUGCCCCGCGCUUUGUGUCGACUAUCUGUGCGCGCAGCCGACUGCGUGAGACUGUCGGCGCGUUGAGAAGCGGGAGUUAUGGCGUAGAAAGAGCUCUCGUGUUUUGUGAAUAUGAAUGAGUGAAUGAAUGAUGAUAACCAGCGUAAAGACGUGCGGAUCUGUGAAGUGGUCGAUAGCACGUGAUCGCGUUUGCUGCAUCAAACAGCGCUUGCUGAGGAGUUGAAUUGAGAGAGGGACUUGUUCGGGAGUAGUUAGGUGCUUCUGAAGACUAAAGAGUGGAUUUGCGAGCGCUGUCCUACAAGUCCAUCCCAUUUGAUCGCGCGGUCAAAACAUGGACCAGUUGUAGUGACGGUGCUUAGGACUCGAAUGUCUUCAUUCGUAG